ACAGAGCCAUUGAAGAAACCUCGCACUGUUCACAUUGACGUUUAUUGCACUGGAUCAGAAGAUGAUGAAGAGGGCGCUGAAGGCGAAGACGAAGGUGAUAAUGCCGAUGCUGAAGCAUCGAUUAGUUCCGAUGAGGAGAAUGCGAGUAAACAUCAUGAUUUAGAAUCAAAUUCCACGCCACAGACUGUCUUCGAUAACGAACAGCUCCUGCUGAAGCAUAAACGCAUCACCGGCCAGACACUACCACGCCGCUGGCAACAAACAGAAAAGCGGUCAGUGGAGCAAGCGCACACACAAGCCCCACAAGCAGGCGAUUUAAAUUUAGGGCAUGCCAUCACUAAAUCCAGCACUGCAGAGGAGGUAUCCGAGUCCAAGCAGCUACUCUUUCGCAAACACAUUGGCGAUCAGCGCGCAGCGAAAUUGGCGGCACUUCGUCAAAAGUACAUGCGUCAACCCAGUGACGAUGCAAUCAGCUCAAAUUACCCCAACUCGUCGCGUUCCACUGUACGUGAUGCUACUUGCAGCAGCAUUGCUUCGAGUGUUGUUACCUCUUCGCAAGCUGAGUACCCGGCUGACUCUUCUUGGAAAGAGGGUGAUGAUCAGGAAGAAAUGUAUUCACUAGCAAAAUCGGAUAGUUUCGAGUACGAGAACACAACCGAUCGGUUACGUAUAAAACAAAUGGAGCGCUUCUGGUCACGCACAUCUUCUACAGAAGAGCCGCCACGUGGUGGAUGUCAAGCCUUAUCGGGUUCUCCGGUGCGUGGUCAUAUGCAGUCUGCUUUCUUACAGCCGAUAUCUGAAGUAAGCUCGCACCACAACUCACCAUUUACUACGCCUGUUUCGCGGCACGAUACAUUGCCAUCUGAAUCUGAAAACUUUUCAGAGGCGUCUGACAUCUACUAUACGUAUCCGGGUGCAGCGUCAACUACUUCUGCUGCACAACGUUCUUCGCCUGCCUACUUGCAGCAGACAUCGCACUUUCCACGUAAUCGACCCGGCUUUUUGCAGUUUUUCGGCCCAUCUACCUCUCCGAGCCCGCAGAAUCAACAGCAUGGCCCUAUAGAAGAA